UAUGGCGCGACUGACUCACGCCUGCUGUCGCGACUCUUGACUUGUCCCACGACAUCGCAUCAGCUCUAUCACUACUCGCUGGCCUUCAGUUCGUUUUAUCGUUUCCUCACCAUGCGACCAUCCCACGUUGCACUUAUCGUUCGAUUACAGAUUAGCUGCUCCUGCUCGUAACGGCACAUCCGCUGUGACCCCAACGUGUGCCAUUUGCACAAAAAGAGACGUUAUUGGAAACUGGCCUCUGACCUGCGUUGAAGCGCACCGUGUUCGCAUUUCCUGAUUCCAUUGGUCGCUGAUCGUGCGAGGAUCCGCGCAUCACCAUCCCCAAAGCCGGGACCUCCACGCCCCGUUGAACACAUAUCCAGCCGUGGAGCACGCGAACAGCUAUGGAGCCUCAUUCGCGAUCCCUUUCGUCUCAGAAUGGCACGUUGCGUCUUCCACAGGCUCUCAUCCUGCUGCUGAAGCCCGCUUUGGCCCAGUCAGCCAAUGACCAGGGCGUACAGAGUUUCGCCGACCUUUCGCUUUGGGACACUAUAAGACUUUCCAUCUACCGCUUGAUCCUUCUCAUCAACCCUUUUGUGAACCGAGGCAACUUCAUCACCUCAGCUUUUGUGGGUAUGGUCAAGUUGACAGCUCUGUGCGGCUCUGCAUACUGGGUGUGGGAUCGGCAGAGCAAGCAAGGGAAGAUCGCUCCGUCCAUAAACUCCCAGCAUGCGGACGACGCCACCGACGACGACGUUGCCACUAACGACCCGGGACUGUUAAGGAAGCACUCUUCUAUUCAGUCAUACACAGUACCUUCUACCAACAUCACAUAUCCUGGCGUGCGAACAUUCUACAGACCACAUCCACAGGAAAGCAAGUUUCCCAGGGAGCCUAAUCCAGUACCUUUGGUGGUAUUCGUUCACGGCCUAGGCGGUUCGAUUGCACAAUUUCACCCCAUCCUGCUGAGUCUCUCCAACCUCGCCUCAUGCUUAGCAAUCGAUCUUCCAGGAUGCGGUCGAUCUUCAUUUCAACCUCGAGCAGCUGCGGCAUACACAACAGAUGCACUCGUUCAACUCUUAGCUGUCGUUAUCGAGCAGCAUCGUGCUGGAGAUGAGAGUCAGACUGUUGUCCUGAUUGGCCAUAGCAUGGGCUGCUCUCUAGCUGCACUUCUGGCUUCACCGACGUCGCCUCAUGCCCAUUUACUUUCAAAGCAUAUCAGUGGAGUGGUCGCUAUUUGUCCCAAGGCAGGACCCCCGACUGAGGAUCAAACAAAGCUUCUGCGUCGAGUCACCUCAGUACCCGCGAUGCUUUUCGACCUAUACAGAAGGUGGGACCGUCGUGGCGGAAUUAACAGUGCUAGCGUACUUCGUAUGGCUGGACCAGACGCUGAAGAGGAGACCAAGAAACUGCAGCUGCGGUUUAACAGACAGAGUCGUACCGCGGUGUGGCAGCGCAUGGCACGCGGGAUGUGUCCGGACUAUGCCGUCAGCCCUCCUGCGGGCGGUCUCCCUGGACGCCAAACCUGGAUGGGCUUGGAGAUACCAAUCUUUCUUCUUGCCGGCGAGGCCGACUCUGUGACACCAGCAGAUAACGUCAAGCUGAUUGUUGAUUACCUCGGGAGAGACGUGGGGGCCAUCGAGCCUCCCAGCGAAAAAGCAAGUUUACCGAUCGCUGCAGCACCGUUCGACCCAGCAGUUGUAGACUCUGCUUUCGCAGAACGUAAGCAUCAAGACUCGGGCAUCGAUGCAAAUGAUCUCCCGAAGCUGGACAGCGAGAGGAGCGCCUCUAGUACAGCAGCCGCCUCUACGAUCGGCGAAAGCCUUAUUCAAACCGAGACCCGUACUACAGAUGGCAGUGUCGUCACGGCGAUUUCAUCUCCUACAGCCGCACCACCGUCUAAUAACCCUUCACCGCAUCCCCGCCGCCUCGUUGUUAAGACCACGAUCAUGCCAAAACCCGCGGCACACUCCAUGCUCUUCGCACCAUCCACCUCCCGCACCCUCUCCGGCCUCAUUGGCAGCUUCCUCGCCGAGCACGUCGACCCACGUCUCUCGCUGGCCUGGCAACUCCAAUACCUCUCCACCACGAAUAAGUGGGAUGUCAAGAACUUUGCAAAAUGGCAAGCCAUCACCCCCGUCUCGGCCCCGAUCGCCCACACCUUCCGCGCCAUGAAAACUCUCCGCGAAGUCGACGCCCACCACGCCCCCAAGAUCCUCGCCCGCGAGUGGCACAACAAGAUCUCCGCGGUUAUCGAUAUCAGCCACGACAACCCCGUCUACGACCCCGCCGGUCUCGAAGCAGGUGGAAUAGCGUACUUCAAGUUCCCCACCGUGUCCAAGCAACCCCCCCUGCGCGCCGAAGUGCGCGCCUUCAUCGCGCUCGUCGACGACGUUGUGACGCAGAUGCGUGAGCAAAAGAGACAGGGCCUCGUGGCGGUGCAUUGCCAUUACGGGUUCAACCGCACGGGGUUCUUCCUCGUGUCCUACCUGGUUGAGCGUCUGGGGUGGAAGGUCGAGGCGGCGCUGCAGGCGUUCCAGGAGGCGCGGCCGCCGGGCAUCAGGCAUAGUCAUUUUGUGGAUGAGUUGCAUGUGAGGUACUGUGAUGGGUUGAGGAGGGCGCCUACGCUGUAGGUGUGUCUGUAAGGAACGGAGGGGUGAGUGAGGAUUGUGUCUUCAAGUUUUUGAGGGGUUAGCGGUGCGUUUGGCGUUCUGGGUAACGGAUAUGGGGCAUGGUGUUUAGGUCGAUGGGUUUGAGCUGGUGGGUACGGGGACUGGACUGGGACUGGGAGGACUGGAGAAUGAAUACUUUCUCGUCCGCUCGCGGCGUGUAGUCCUUGAAUGACACGACGUUGAAACAAGAAGCGUCCCACUUAAGAUGA